CAUCCCGGGGCCAGGGAGGUGCAAUGACCUUGGCUACAGCUGGACCCCUGGGCGCGGAUGGUCGGUGCACUGAUCACAGCACUGAUUCCGGGGGUGACAGAGCCUGUUCUCGCAAAUGAUGUUGCUUCCUGCGACAACUCCUCUGCCGUCGGGCCCUCCGGGAGCACCCAGGACCUCGGACCUGGGGCCGGGGAGAACACCCGGGCGUCUGACGGCACCAGCAGCCGCCUCGUGAAUGGGACCGACUGCGAGAGGCCCAGCCAGCCGUGGCAGGGUGCGCUGUUGCUGGGACCCAACAAGCUGUGCUGCGGGGCCGUGUUGGUGGACUCGCAGUGUCUGCUCACGGCUGCCCACUUCCGAAAGCAAGUUUUCAGAAUCCGUCUUGGCCACCAUUCCCUGUCACCCAUCUAUGAAUCCAGGCAGCAGCUGUUUCAGGGGAUCAAAUCCAUCCCCCACCCUGGCUCUUCCCACCCUGGCCACUCCAAUGACCUGACGCUCAUCAAACUGAACAAAAGAAUCUGUGGGGCUCAACACGUCAGGCCAUACGCCUCCCAUUGUCCAUCCGCUGGGACCAGCUGCUUGGCGUCUGGCUGGGAAACGACCAGCAGUCCCCAGGGGGAGUGUCCAGGUCUCUUCCGCUGCCCACCUGUGUCUGCCUUCUCCUCCUCUCUGUCUCUGAGCACUCUGCCCCUUCCCAUCGUCCUCCACCACUCCCUGUGGCCCUUCCCCAAAGUCCUCCAGUGCUUGGACAUCACCGUGCUAAGUGAGGACAGGUGCAAGACGGCCUAUCCAAAUCAGAUAGAUGACACCAUGUUCUGUGCUGGUGACCAGGCCGGCAGAGACUCCUGCAAGGGUGAUUCCGGAGGCCCCGUGGCCUGCAGUGGUUCCCUCCAGGGCCUUGUGUCCUGGGGAGACUUUCCCUGCGCCCAGCCCAGCAGACCCGGCGUCUGCACCAACCUCUGCCGGUUCUCCAAGUGGAUCCAGGACACUUAUCCAGUCUAAUGCAUGAGUCGUCCUAGGACCCGGCUUUCUGGCCUCCCUCGCCCCCUGCAGGGACCCCAACGCUCCUUCCAGACACCACCUCCUUCCCCAAAAUGUUGAGGUGGUUCAUCUCUCCAGUGCCCCGCCCCCAGUCUCCUGGAAUCGAGGUCCCCCUUCCCGGACAGUGGAUGGACAGGUCCUUCUGGUCGGAUCCUGAAGAGAGUUCCCAUGAUGACCGGGGCGAGAGUUGCACUGCACCUCUGUCUCCCCAGUGCUUCCUUCCUCAGGUCCAGAGUCCACCUUCUCUGCAGCUGUGACCCAAAUCUGGUCCCAGAAAUAAAACGUCUGAGGAGUGGG